AUGUCGACGAAGAUGAAAGGAGAGUAUUCUUCUAGAAGCUUCGUAUAUUCCCGGAAAUGGUCUUUAUUUCUCUGCUUAGGUAGCUUCUGCGUCGGAAUGUUCUUCACCGAUCGGAUGUGGAGUAUACCUGAAUCGAAAGGCGUGUCUCGUCCAUCAGUAACCGAAGCUGAAAGAUUGAAACUGAUCUCAGAAGGUUGCAAUCCAAAAUCUCUUUACCAGAAAGAAGUAAAAAGAGAUCCUGAGGCUUUGUUUGGAGAAGUAGCUAAUACGCAUAAUGCUCUACAGACAUUGGAUAAGACCAUUUCAAGCUUAGAGAUGGAACUAGCUGCAGCAAGGUCAGUGCAGGAAACAUUACUAAAUGGUGCUCCUGUAUCAGAUGAUAUGGGGAAGAAGCAAUCGCAGGGGAAGAGACGGUAUUUGAUGGUUGUAGGGAUUAAUACAGCUUUUAGUAGCCGAAAGAGAAGAGAUUCUGUUCGAGAAACUUGGAUGCCUCAAGGUGAAAAAAGGAGGAGACUUGAAGAAGAGAAAGGGAUUAUUAUCCGGUUUGUCAUUGGUCACAGUGCCACGAACGGGGGAAUUCUAGAUCGAGCCAUAGAAGCUGAGGACAGGAAGCAUGGAGAUUUCUUGAGACUGGACCAUGUUGAAGGGUACCUCGAGUUGUCAGGGAAGACGAAAACUUACUUUUCUACAGCGUUUUCAAUGUGUGAUGCAGAUUUCUAUGUCAAAGUAGAUGAUGAUGUUCAUGUAAAUAUAGCAACUCUUGGAGAAACUCUUAUUAGACACCGGAAAAAACCACGGGUCUAUAUCGGUUGCAUGAAAUCUGGCCCUGUCCUGUAUCAAAAAGGAGUGAGAUACCAUGAGCCAGAGUACUGGAAAUUUGGUGAGAAUGGGAACAAAUACUUUCGUCAUGCUACUGGACAGAUAUACGCCAUUUCAAGAGACUUGGCUUCUUAUAUAUCAAUCAAUCAGCAUGUUCUUCACAAGUAUGCGAACGAAGAUGUUUCGUUAGGAGCUUGGUUUAUCGGAAUUGAUGUUAAACACAUUGAUGAUAGAAGAUUAUGCUGUGGCACUCUUGAUUGCGAAUGGAAAGCGCAAGCUGGAAACAUCUGUGUAGCAUCAUUUGACUGGACCUGCAGCGGAAUCUGUAGAUCAGCAGAUCGCAUCAAAGAGGUUCAUCGACGCUGCGGUGAAGGAGAAAACGCUCUUUGGAGUGCUACAUUUUGA